AUGGCAAGAAAGCUGGACUCGCUUCGAGCACCCAAUUUCCCAACCCAACGAAACUGCCUACUAGCGCAUGCGCGGAGGCUUGCGCUAUUUCUACACUUAACUUCUCAUGGCGGUGUCAAAGCAGCCGCCCUCCCGGCCUUAGCGGGGCCUUCCAUGUGUGAGCGCUCGAGGUGUGAACCUGCCGCUCAGCUGUUGGCCUUAUUGGCUUCCGACCGAAGGCAAGAUUCGCCCAUAAGUGCCUCCUUGGAUGAGGCACUUUGUUCCCCACAGACAGGGGUGAUCCCGGUGAGCGUAUGGCCUGAAGCGUCCAUCCUUCCUGGGGUGUCUGUCGAGGUCGAAGGGCCAUACAUCGAUUUUCUGCGCAAGAACGCCGUGCUUUUGGUAGCGCCUUUCGCAUGUGUGGUGGAAGCUCGUUGCCUCGAUCCGAAGUCGUACAUACACCCCCGAAGCCAGGAGAACGUCACAAGUUGCUGCCUCUUGCGUGCGUUGCUUGCUUCCCUCCUUCCGCGUUCAGCUCUACGCGACACUGCAGGGAAGAUGACGGCGCAAAAGCCGGCAACAUCAGCGGCAGAAGGCAGCCCACGAGCGGCGAGAGACAUCGUCGUAGUCUUUGAUUUCGGCUCUCAGGUGUCUCGCCUGAUCGUCCGUAGACUAAGGGCUAUCGGUGUCUACUCAGAGCUGUUGGCUUGCACUGCAACGGUGGAGGAAGUAACGCAGGCGCGACCUGCUGCCGUCGUCCUCAGCGGGGGCCCCUCUUCAGUGUACGAGGAGGGGGCACCCCACAUUCGCCGGGAUGUGUGGAACUUGCUCCUGCGCAAGAAGGUGCCUGUACUGGGCAUAUGCUACGGCAUGCAGGAAAUUGUGCAUCUUCUGGGAGGGCGCGUCGUGGGGGAGGGUCACCGGGAGUUCGGAAAGACCGACAUUUCCCUCUGCCAGCUUCCCGGCGAGCCGCUGCUGGAUGCUGCAGCGGCAGCAGCUGCCGCAGCUGCUGCAGCUGCCGCUGCUGCAAGGGACGAGUGGCCAGUGCCGGCCGCGCAUGCGGGCACCCCAGCCCUAGGCGAUCUGUUCUACGGGAUCGAAGGGCCCCAAGUGCAAGUUUGGAUGAGCCAUGGCGACAAAGUGGAAAAUCUGCCAUCUUCAUUCUCCGCCCUAGCGUCCACACCCAGCUGCCCGUUUGUGGCAGCUGCAUCGCCCUCUCUUGGGAUUUACGCCUUGCAGUUUCACCCAGAAGUGACCCACACUCCGUGCGGUGCCGCCCUGCUCCGCAACUUUGCGCAGCGUAUUGCGCGUUUAGAGCUUACGUGGAAUAUGCAGCACUUCUUGCCCGAGCAGAUUCAGCGCUUGAAGGAGCAAGUCGGAAGCGCCCCCGUUGUGGGCGCCCUCUCUGGAGGCGUCGAUUCUACAGUGGCUGCAGCCCUUCUUCAUAAGGCAAUAGGCGACAGUUUCCACGGCUUCCUCAUCGACACAGGACUCCUCAGGAAGAAUGAAGCAGCAGACACCCUGGUCGCCCUGAGAGAGUGCUUCCCCAGCCUUGACAUUGAGUGCAUCGAUGCCAGCGCCAAGUUUUACGCCGCCUUAGAUGGCGUGACGGAUCCAGAGAAGAAACGCAAAAUCAUAGGGGCACUUUUUAUUGAGGUCUUCGAGGACGCUGUCAAACAGAAGAACUUGAACACGCAAGGCACCUAUCUCUUGCAGGGAACUCUUUAUCCAGAUGUCAUCGAGUCAAAAUCCUACAAGGGCCCCUCUCACACCAUCAAGACCCACCAUAACGUGGGCGGCCUACCGGAGCGGAUGCAUUUGCAAGUUCUAGAACCCCUCCGCGAUCUCUUCAAAGAUGAAGUCAGAGUGAUGGGGAGGGCACUGGGACUGCCGGAGGAGAGGAUCGAGAGGCACCCGUUCCCUGGUCCUGGGCUGGCUGUGCGCAUUAUUGGCGCCAUCACUCCCCAGAGAGUCAAAGUCCUGCAAGAAGCUGAUGCAAUCUUCAUCCAGGAGAUCGUCAAGGCGGGGCUGUACAGUGCUAUUGGACAGGCCUUCGCCGUGCUUCUGCCCGAGUGCCAAUCUGUGGGCGUUAUGGGUGACGGCCGAACCUAUGAGGCUACAUGUGCCCUUCGCGCAGUAGAGACAUCCGACUUCAUGACGGCGGAUUGGUUCAGAAUGCCUCUUGAUGUGUUGGCAGUUGCAAGCUCGAGGAUAACGAAUGAAGUUCGCGGCAUCAAUAGGGUGGUUUACGACAUAUCUUCCAAGCCACCGGCCACCAUUGAAUGGGAAUAA